AUGGGGGGGACCGGGGACGGGGGACGGGGGGCGGAGAGCCAGAGCCGAGAGGGGCGGCCUGACGGCGGACAGCAGGGGACGGAGCGGAGCAGACGCCGGCCGGUGUGUGGGCGCACAGGAGCACAGAGCCGCGGCGUGUGUGUGUGUGUUGGGGGGGGACACACACGGGCUCUUCGACUUCUCGGCUGGACCGUAACUUCGGUGGAGAGCUUGUCAGCCACAGCGGCCGAGCCCCUCAGAGGCGCCAUGGCCGUUUUGGAGCGGAGCUGGGUCGCCAACGAAGGAGGGAAACACUUGGUCCUGAUGCUGUGGCUGGGAGCCAACACCUGGCUGUUCCUCAACACUUUCCUGAUGUACUCCACUGGGCCACAGUACCACUACCUCUACAAAAUGCUUGGGCUUGGACUGUGCAUCAGCAGGGCAUCUGCAUCCGUGCUGAACCUGAACUGCAGCCUGGUGCUGUUGCCCAUGUGUCGCUCCCUGCUCACCUUUAUACGAGGAACACACAUGGUUUCAACCAGGAAGACACGCAGAUUACUGGACAAGAGCAAGACCUUUCAUGUUGCAUGUGGCGUCGCUAUUUGCAUCUUUUCUGUCGUGCACGUCUCGGCCCACCUGGUGAAUGUGGCUAACUUCAGCACAAGCUACUCAGAUGACUUCCCUGCUCUCAACUUCGCUCGCUACAGAGGAGAGGACCCCAAGGUGAUUAUUUUGACUACAAUUCCGGGAGUCACCGGUGUCCUUUUGGUUCUCAUCCUCCUCCUAAUGUUCAUGUCCUCCUCCUACUGCAUACGGAUGUCCAACUAUGAGAUCUUCUGGUACACACACAACCUUUUUAUUGUUUUCUACAUCAUCCUGAUGGUGCACAUGGUCGGUGGUGCUUUAAAGUAUCAAACCAACAUAGAUGCCCACCAGCCCGGCUGCCUCAGAGCCAAUCAGAGCCGUCUGGAGCAGCAGGGCGAAGAUCUGGACCCGGCUGAAGUCGAGGAGAGCAGAUGCAGAGAGGAUGCUCACUUCCAGCCACAUGACCCUCAGACAUGGCUGUGGGUGUCCGGUCCUCUCUGUCUCUACUGUGUGGAGCGCGUGUACCGCUACAUCCGGAGCAGCGACCCAGUUACCAUAGUGACAGUCAUCAGGCACCCUUGUGAUGUGAUUGAGUUGCGCAUGCUUAAGAAGAACUUCAAAGCUCGACCUGGACAGUAUAUAAUUCUGAACUGCCCAGGUGUGUCGUCAUUUGAGAACCAUCCCUUCACGCUGACGACAUGUCCCACAGAGAGCAAGGAAACUUUUGGCAUCCAUUUGCGAGUCGUGGGAGACUGGACUGAGCGCCUCUCAAAGCUGUUACUCCCUCCACCAAGGAUAGGCUUGGAGAUCCUUCCCAUCAUGCAGCCAAGGAGAUACCCCAAACUUUACGUUGACGGUCCAUUUGGAAGUCCAUCCCAGGAAGUCUUCAACUAUGACGUCAGUCUUUGUGUUGCUGGUGGAAUCGGAGUCACGCCGUUUGCGUGCGUGCUGCAUGCUCUGCUAGAUGAUUGGAGAGGUUUCAGGUUGCAGAGGUUGUACUUUGUAUGGGUCUGCAGGGAGCUUCAGUCUUUCUACUGGUUUGCAGAUCUGCUGUGUGCCCUGCAUGGAAAGCUUUGGCAGGAGAACAGACCAGAUUACUUCAAUCUGAAGCUGUAUGUCAGUCAGGCGGACAGCCUACAGGGCAUGUCUGAGGAGCGGUACCGCCCACUCACAUCCAGGCUGCAGGUUGGUCGACCAAAGUGGAAGUCGCUUCUUGAUGAGAUUGGAAAGAGCAAUGAACGUAAGCAGGUUGGAGUUUUCUGUUGUGGCCCAAAGGGUAUCUCCAGGACACUGCACAGACUGUGUAACUCUGCCCAAUCCUGUGGCACCACCUUUGAAUUCAACAAAGAGUCUUUCAGCUGAUUUUUACAUCGGACCUGGAUGGUUGUUUUUUUUUUUUCAUUCAUCUUGGGAGACUUCUUGAUCUGAGGCAUAUUUCAGAAAAUCUGGGCUUUAGACUUUUUGUCCUAGUCUGUGAAUCUUCCAGGUGACCUAUCAAAUGUCACUUAUAUAACUGUCCCCCAAAAAAGAAGAGGAAUAAAACUAAAGACGGAGCUUAAAUCACCACACGAGGCCUUUUCCUCUCCAGAGACCAGCCUGUCUCAGGUUCAGCAUGUGAUUCAGGCAACAUUUGGGGAAAAAUGAGGAAAUGAUCGCCCUGUUCAGUCUCCAUUCAUAACCUUCUGUUUUUCUCAAGAUGUUUCUCCUUUACACGCCCCUCUGCUGUCUGCUGAGUCUAGCGUGAGAAAAACAUGACAAACCCAAUAAGGUUACAUGUUACACCAGAGGGAGUCCAUCGUUCCAGGACUGGAGCAUCACUCAGGGAUGAUACAAACUGGUUUUACACUAAUGUUUGACAUGGAGCAAACGUCUCACACAAAGCAGCAGCUGCUAGUGACCACCAAAGAAAGUCAGACUUUAAAAAAAUGUUUAUGUUUUACUUGAGAUCUGACUGGCAUUCAAAGUUUUGUCGUGUUUAAUAAUGGAGUCAAGCCGUUGUUCACUGCAGGAUUAGCUUUUGUUGUACGUUUUUAGAAUUAAUGGGGAUCUUUUACUAAGGCAUUAAAAAUAGCCCUUUAAAAACAAAAAUAAAGAAAAGGAGCAGUUCACUACUGUAAAACUGCUGAUACAUAAAAAUGUCAUUCUACAGUUCAUUUUUGUUUACCUUAGAACCUAGGAGUACAAUGAAAUAUCCGAAGAAUUGCUCUUCAAACUGAGUAGAAGAAGAAACAGAACACAGGGGCCACAUAAUGCUGCCUCUCUGUUACCUUUUGGUUCAGUGUUCUUAUUUAUUUACCAAAGAUUUACCAAGACACCUUUUAUUACAAGUUAAGCCAGUAUUAGUUGUUUUUAGUAUUUCUUUUCACUUCUAUUCUGACUACAGAGUAAAGAAUGUCACAUCAAACCUCUGAGUGUCCACAGGGUUAUUGUUAAUAUUUCAUCCACAGAGUAAAGUUAUUGCCUUUUGCUCUCUUAAAAUGAUGCGCACCUUUUUUGUUUGCCAAUGAAACAAGUAUAUGAUAAAAGAUUGUUACUGUGUAUGAAAAUGUAUGAAAUAUGUGUAAACACUCAAUUACAUGUUGACUCUUAUGUGUGAACUUCUUUUUUAAGAACAAGCAAAUCACGAAAGAAAAGAUCUCUUAUUUAUUGCAUCUUGAUUAAAUGUAUUAUUUCCUAAAAUAUCUCAAUUUGUGACUAAUUU